AGAGGGGAGGGGGCUACAACUUACUUUAGACAGUGGCUACUAUACCACAGAAACAGCUGAAGAAGUGAGGUACGCUUCAGUCACUAGUCACUACACAGUGUACAACUCUCAGACCAACACAAUGCCAAGUGUCUUCACAUGUUGCGUAUUUCAUAUACUUUGGAUAUAAUAAACACCGUAUAACUGGAUUAUUCUCGAGCUAAAGUUAAAGAAACCGUUUUGUUCUAAACUGCUGCUAGUAUUAGUGAAACGAGAAUUUCGUCUGCACUGUGUUUUGACUGGUCAACGUAAUAAGUUACCAUAAACUACUGAGAGAAUGUGAAAGAAGAAAUGUCACUCUCAUCAAAGUUUAGUGUUCUCUUGUUGAUGUGGGGAUUUUUGCUGAUUGGGAUUGUGGAAAUAGAAUCACAUAAUACCUCGAAUAACCAGAAUGGUAAGUACAAAUCAUUUGUAAAAAACAGCAAUGGGCUGGCCACCGGAUUCUCCCAUCAAGCUGUGGUUUCACAGCAUGAAGAAUUAAUCUCCUCGAAAUUUGAUACAGCAGAAUACAAGCCAAGUAUGGAAAUUCUGGCAGUUGGGUUAAAGUACAACAAUGAAACCGCGAUGCUUAGCGUUUCUGUGUAUGUGGGUAUACCUGAAAUCAGCAGCAGCGAUAUCUCCAAUAAUUCGACAAUGUUUGAACUGGAAUCCACAUCCGCAACAACCCAUUCGCCAUCUUCCGAAACGGUGGAAAAAUUCACAAACUACGAAAUUUAUCUGUCGGCCUUGUCAAUCGAUGAUUCAUCGGAACCACCUUCCAGCUGCUUGAAUUUCUUAUUUUUACAACAUUCGAGUCAAAAUGUUGUGGUUGGCUGCAAUGAAACGGCAAAAGUACUCCCAAAAUACAUUGACGAAAGUCCAACUACCUGUGUCGACGUGGAUACGAGGAAUUUUACGGUUGUGUUUAAUCAUGUGUACUCUGCUUACUACUGCCUUCUGAUUCAGCCUCAGGUGAGCUCGCACACCCGAAGAACCUUCAAUCGUAUGCUACACUAUCAAACAAGUAAAAGUUCGACCUUCGCUGACAUUACUAGAUGGCAAACAACGAUAGACCUGUUUCCGGUGCCAAAAAAGCAAUCCAUUUCAAUUGCAUUCACCUUGCCGGACUCGACCUAUCAAAUAAUAAGUAACAAAAUUCGGGUUUCACUCAUGCGAGUGACUAGUGACAGAUGCAAUGACACUAAUACCUUCAAAGGGGUGUGGUCAGAAAUAUUACCGAUGGAACCGGGCAAACAGGUUGCCGAAAUUACUUUCUCGCAUAAACCUCCUGGUUCUUACUGUGUCGCAGUGGAUCCUUUGGAUGAAAGGUGCAAUGGUAAUACGUUUUGGAAAGUUAAAGGAGCAUCGUGCCGCCGGCACACCAUAAAGUCAGUUGAGCUUCAAGGUCCUCCCAUGCACCUUGAAACCGGCGGAAUUAAUAAGCCAUUGGUCAUUGUGAACAAAACUCCGGCUAUGGACGUCUGGGUUACCUUCUACGUUGUUUGUGCUUUCGCUUUUGGUCUAGUGCUAGUGUCUUUCUUGGGCAUAUUGCUAGGCUAUCGCUACCGUCAGAGAAAACACCUACAGCGUCGCACGCAUCAGUUUCUAGGUGAUUUAAAAUCUGAAUGGGGAACCAGCACGGAAGUUUCACCGACCCAGUCUAGCAUAGCUGACGUUAUCAGUGUGAAGAAAAUGUUGGAUGAAAAGGACUCGACAACUUCUGACGACCUCAUUCCUGGAACACCUGCUUCGAGCGAAACAUCAUCCGUCGGAGUUUCCGUUCUGUUGCUUUAUCGCCGAAAUGAUCCUCAAGUUUCCGUUCGCGCAGCCGACCUUCGAAAACGGCUGCAAUUGGAUUGCGGCAAUCAAAUAAAAGUUUACGAUUAUGGAGACGAAUCUCAAUGGGAGGAAAUGUUCACCGAAGGACCCAGCUGGCUGCCAAAUCGCAUCUAUGGCACGUCGGAUGAUGGCUGCCUCAAUCGCGUUGUCGUCAUCCACAGCCCAUUGCAUCCCGACUUCCGAGAAAAGCGCCCGGAGAGUGACCGAAAUAAUUUGGAAAGCACGAGUCCGCUGCUGGGUGAACUGACGGCGGAUCAGUUGGAGCAGCAUAAAAACGAUCCGGAAUUUCUCUACGGUAUGCAGCUAUUGCAAAGUUGUACUCGCGAAGUUAACGACAAUUGUGAAAAUACAGAUCAUGCAAUUAGUCUCUACAGGCGCGUCUUUAACGUCCGGUACACGGACAUUGCCGACUGCCAAUCACCUGAAACUGAAAAUCAAAACCUUGCCUAUCCCGAUCUGACGAUAGCACCUUUUACAUGUUACCUUUUACCAGGACACUAUAAGCAACUCUUGGAGCAUUUAACUUCAACUCAAUAAUAUUGAAUUUCGAAAAUCAAUCAAACUUGAAAUAGUCAGAACGUCCACGACGUUUUGUAUAUGUGUGCGUGUGUUUUUUAAAUCGCUCUCUACAUUUUUUCUUUAUUACUUGCAGUAUACGAUGGGGGGUUCGUCAAGCUCUAGGCGGUUCACAGUUCAUUUCUGGUCAAUUAUCUAAAAAUAAAAGCCGCUCCCCUUAUUUUGCCAAUGCUCAUCCCUUCACCAACCACUUUUUCGUGUGAAUUCAAUUCGUUUGAUAUUUCUGCUCCGAUAUUAACAACAGUGCUCAUUUGUUUGCUUUGUUGUGCUCAUUUUUCUCCAAAGUAAAGUUUAGUACCGUUUUUUCUCUUGUGCAUGAAAAAUUGAGUGCGUUGAAUCUCUAAAAGGUCUCGUCUCACAUAUUAUUAGGCUCCUAUAAAACAAUCUCGGUGUGUUUAUUCGUUUGUUUGUCACUUUUGUAGACCUAUAUCGUUCAUUCAUUCAAUGUUUGUAAUUGAUAUGAUACCAAUAAUCGAUUUGUUAGUUGGCUCUUUUUUGAACAGGUUUGAAAUACGAAAAUCAAGUCUUUUUCACUUUA